GUAUAAUAAUAUAUAGGGAACACACACAGCAGCACAGCAAACAUUUCACUAUUACAUUCCCUAUAUAUUAUUAUACUCUUUGCAGCACAGCUAAUAGCCAAAUAAAUUUUCUUACUCUAACCGUCUGUGUAUUUUAAAAUUGGUAGCGGUUAAGAAAAUAAGAACAAAAAAAUCUAAUUUCGUGAAGCGUCUUAGAAUUAGGAAUAUUAUAACCAUGGCAGCGACGAAUCUUGAAAUAUUAAGUCGAGAAUUACCCAAAGUCGAACUGCAUGCUCACCUUAAUGGUUCACUAAGUCGAUCUACCAUGAUGCAACUUAAAAGAUAUUAUGCAGAUUCAGGAGUAUCUGAUCAGUCUGAUGCAUUUUUGGAUGAAUUCCAAAUUGGAGCUGGUGACACCCGUACACUUUCUGACUGUUUUCAGGUAUUCAACAUAGCUCAUAAUCUAACACAGUCACCAGAAACCUUGGCUAUGGCAACAAAACUAACAUUACUAGAAUUUCAGGAAGAUGGUUGUUGCUAUAUUGAAUUAAGAAGCACUCCAAAGGAUACCCCCUUCAUGACCUGUGAAGAAUAUAUAGAAACUAUAGCUGUAACUUUGAGAAAUAAUGCCCAUUUACAAAUAAAAUCCCGACUCAUUGUGUCAAUAAAUAGAAGUAGCAGUGAAAAGGAAGCCGAUAAAAUAGUAAAGCUAGCUAUUGCCUGUUUUAAAAAAUAUCCAAAUGUAGUUGUUGGUAUAGAAUUAAGUGGCAAUCCUGCAAUAGGGAGAUUCAGAGACUUUAUAUACCCCUUAGUUAUGGCAAGGAAUGCUGGAUUAAAAGUAACUCUCCACUGUGCUGAAAUUUGUAAUCCUGAAGAAGUUCUUGAAAUGAUCCAGUUUGGGCCUGAGCGAAUAGGUCAUGGAGUCUGCAUUCAUCCAAAUUAUGGAGGCUCUAAUGAAACAUGGCAAUCUUUUUGUAAAGCCAAUAUACCUGUUGAAAUUUGCCUAGCAAGUAAUAUUAAUACGAAAUCUGUGGCUGACUAUGAAUCACAUCCAUUCAAGGAGUUCUAUAAUGCUAAUAUUCCAACGAUUCUUUGUACUGAUGAUAAGGGAGUGUUUGGAACAUCACUAUCACAAGAAUAUAGAAUUUGUGCUGAAGUAUUUAAACUGCAGCCAUCACAGUUGGCAAGAUUGGCUUUGAAUUCAGCAAAUUAUAUUUUUGCCCAAGAAGAACGCAAAUACAUAACAGACAAAAUGUUAAAUUUUAUUAAUAAAUACUCUUUAGACAGUUACAUAUAUACUUUUAUCUUACAUUGUCAUGUCAUUAUUUAAAAUCAAAGCACAAAC